AGCGUGUACUGGGAACUACAUUUCCCGGUGAGGGAACGGCUCCAUCCGACCGCGCGUUACGCAGGCGUCGCGCUGUCGGCAGCCGGGUCCCGAGCCCUAGAGCGUUGGAGGGGCCGACGGAGAAGGGAGUUGCUUUUCCUUCCCACUUCUCCACUCACGGGCAGCACCGGCUCUGCCUCCCCUCGCCCCACCGCCCUGCGCCCACUGCCAGGCUCCCGGUGUCACCUUUUCCUGGGCCCCUCAGGGAGUUGGGGCCUGGAGGUUCGGCGGUAGGGGCCCUUGCUCUGCGCGGGAGUGAGGGGCGCGCCCCUCUUGGGCCCGGACAACUCCGCGAUUGGCCCGCGCCUCCAUGGGGCCAAGUCAGAAGCCCAACGUGUGCUGCCGGCUAAGUCGCCGGGCGCUGGGCUUCUUCUCGCGCGACGCGGGCGUGGUGCAGAGGACCAACCUGGGCAUCCUGCGGGCGCUGGUGUGCCAGGAAAGUACUAAAUUUAAGAAUGUUUGGACGACUCAUUCCAAGUCACCUAUAGCCUAUGAGAGAGGAAGAAUAUAUUUUGAUAAUUAUCGAUGCUGUGUCAGCAGUGUUGCAUCAGAGCCAAGAAAACUCUAUGAAAUGCCAAAAUGUUCCAAAUCAGAAAAAAUAGAGGAUGCUUUAUUAUGGGAAUGCCCAGUGGGCGAAAUGCUUCCCAAUUCAUCCGAUUAUAAAUCCUCACUCAUAGCACUGACUGCUCAUAAUUGGCUACUUCGUAUAUCAGCAACUACCGGAAAAGUCCUUGAGAAAAUAUAUCUUGCUUCAUAUUGCAAAUUCAGAUACUUGAGUUGGGAUACUCCUCAAGAAGUCAUUGCAAUCAAGUCAGCUCAAAACAAAAGCUCAGCAUUGGCCCGGCAGUUUCUCCUUUUAGGCAGGCAUUCAACAGCCUGUUUUGCUGUACCUUGCAGUGUUCCAUGUGCUACCUUUCUCACUAAUAGGGAUUUUGGAAAUCAACAAAAAGGUGAUAUCUACCUUUCCCCUCAGAUUUUCGGGAACGUUACAGAUGCCACCUUGUCUCAUGGAAUACUGAUUGUGAUGUAUAGCUCAGGACUGGUCAGACUUUAUAGCUUCCAAGCCAUCACUGAACAGUUCAUGCAACAGAAACUUGACUUAGGGUGUGCAUGCAGAUGGGGUGGGACUACUGGAACUGUAGGAGAGGCUCCUUUUGGCAUUCCUUGUAAUAUUAAAAUCACAGACACACCACCACUGCUCUUUGAGGUGUCCUCCCUAGAGAAUGCUUUUCAGAUUGGAGGCCAUCCUUGGCACUACAUCAUCACACCUAAUAAGAAGAAACAGAAAGGAGUUUUCCAUAUUUGUGCCCUCAAGGACAAUUCCUUGGCCAAAAAUGGGAUCCAAGAAAUGGAGUGUUGUUCUCUAGAAUCUGACUGGAUUUAUUUCCAUCCUGAUGCUUCUGGUAGAAUAAUACAUGUUGGCCCAAAUCAGGUCAAAGUUUUAAAACUAAGUGAAGUAGAAAAUAAUAGUGCCCAGCAUCAGAUCUCUGAAGAUUUUGUCAUUUUGGCUAACAGGGAGAAGAACAAAAAUGAAAACUUACCCACUGUUACAGCUUCUGGACGGGUGGUAAAAAAAAGUUUUAACCUUCUGGAUGAUGACCCAGAACAAGAGACUUUCAAAAUUGUGGACUAUGAAGAUGAGUUGGAUUUGCUUUCUGUGGUAGCCGUUACUCAAAUAGAUGCUGAAGGAAAAGCUCACCUGGAUUUCCACUGUAAUGAAUAUGGAACUUUACUUAAAAGCAUUCCACUCGUGGAAUCAUGGGAUGUGACAUAUAGCCAUGAAGUCUACUUUGACAGAGACUUGGUAUUACACAUAGAACAGAAACCCAGCAGGGUCUUCAGCUGCUAUGUUUACCAGAUGGUAUGUGACCAUGGGGAUGAAGAAGAAACCACAAACAGAAGUUGUAAGAAAGACUGCGGUAAUUUUAAAUUUUGAGAUGUAACUUAUGAGACUUCUAGCCACACACCCCAGCAGCCAUGUCCAAUCCUCCUUUUUAUUACCUGCAUAACAUAUUCCCCAGUAUUUUCCAGAAAAAAACCUUGUGUUGACUUCAGAUGACUAUGACUUCUUUUUUAAAACUCUUGCCCUAUAAGGUGUAAGGUUUUAAAGAAUAACAUCUCAAGAAGGCUAGUAGCAUUUUGCAGCUUUUAGGUGGUGGUCAUGCAAAUGAAGAACAGAGAAGGACAGGUUAAUUUCAGUUAUUAGAAGAAAGUCUUUGAUAAGGAGGUGCUUAACAUGGUUAUUGUAGGAUGGCAUGGAAUUUCGAUUGGUAAAUCCAAGAGGAGAAACAGAAAGAAAGAUGCAAAAGAUACAGAAAGAAAUCCUCUGUCCUCUAAACAAAACUUGGUUUAAGCAUGGAAAAUGGGAUCUAUAAUAUGAAGGCGUACUUUGAACCAAAAAAAAAGUUAAUCACAGUUUUUAGAAAAUAUGUCUGUAUAUAUGUUUUCUAUCUGUAUAUAGUAUUAAGAAAUUGGGAGUUCCCAUCAUGGCGCAGUGGUUAACGAAUCCGACUAGGAACCAUGAGGUUGCAGGUUCGGUCCCUGCCCUUGCUCAGUGGGUUAACGAUCCGGCGUUGCCGUGAGCUGUGGUGUAGGUUGCAGCCGCGGCUCGGAUCCCGCGUUGCUGUGGCUCUGGCGUAGGCCGGUGGCUGUGGCUCUGGCGUAGGCCGGUGGCUGCAGCUCCGAUUCAACCCCUAGCCUGGGAACUUCCAUAUGCCGUGGGAGCGGCCCAAGAAAUAGCAAAAAAAAAAAAGGAAAUUGGCUAUAGUUCCCAAGUUGUCCUUUCUUCCAUGGUUUUAUUCUCUUGGCUUGAUGUUCCCAUUGGUUUUUUGUGUUUCUAUUAGACUAACGUAAAAAAUUUCAAGCAAGCUUUAAGUGAAAUUUUUUUCUCUUAUGUAGCCUGUUAGUGGUUAAUAAUCUAAGAAUGUUGUAUUCAUUUCAACAUUCUGUUUAUUUGGUGAGUCUUUCAGUUCUGCUUAGGCAACAUGUUCACACCUAAGCCAUAAGAUAAAAGUAUCCUGGGUUGUACCAGCUCUGCUCCCUGUGAAAGAGUAGAUAAAGUCCAAGGAGUUCUUACUAGCUUGGAAACGGACUGAUAGCUAGAAAAAGCUUUUGGCUCUAUCUUAGUUGCGAAAUAAGCAUUUUUUCUUCUUUGUUGGAAGCAAUAGAAAUAUGAUCCUUGAACUCAAAUAAUCAUUCUUCAGAAUGUUAAAUAAAAGCAACCAAAGUAAAGGGAGAAAUUGUUUCUUUGUGCUUCCUGUUUGAGACAUCCAGUUGCUUACAGUCUACGUGUUUAUUAGCACAUUUCUCUGAUUUUGGCUUAAAAGAGUAGCUAGUAAGAACAGAAGGGCAAGAAACAGCAGUAAAAAUCUUUGCUAAUUCAAAUUUAAAGUUAAAAUAUGGGAUUUUAGCUUGGAUGAUUUAUAUUAAAAUUUUCCAGUUUUUGGAGUUCCCAUUGUGGUUCAGUGGUAAUGAACCCCACUAGUAUCCCUGACGGUAUGGCUUUGAUCCCUGACCCUACACAGUGGGUUAAGGAUCUGGCAUUGCUUUGAGCUAUGGUAUAGUUCACAGACAUGGCUCCGAUCUGGCAUUGCUAUGGCUGUGGUGUAGGCUGGCAGCUCCAGCUCUGAUUCAACCCUCACUUGGGAACUUCCCUACACUGUGGGUGCGUCCUUAAAAAGACAAAAAAAUAAAUAAAUAAAAAAUCCUCAAGUUUUUCCUUCAGUUUUGGCUUGAUCCCUUGUUAAGAACAUGUUCUACUCUUGAAGUUUGCAGAUAAAUUUCAAGCUUAUUAUGAUCAACAGGGCACCUGUGAGAAGGGUGUUAACUAUUCCAAAAGUUAAAUUAGUAGCAGAGUCCAAAAACUGACGAGAAAUAAAGGGAACAAACCUAAAACUGUCUUUUUUACAAUAAAAAAGAAGAUUGCUAGCAUUUUAGAAUAAGGGAAAAUAUAUGUUGGCAAAAAAAAAAUCUUUCCAAAUCUGCUCCUGUGUGUAAUAACCCUGUGGGAAAGUAGAAAUGAUUACCUCAUGAGCAAGAUGAUAAAACUAUCUUCAUAUAUUAAAUUCUAAUACUUUUAUAUUGAAUAAUUGAAAAAUCCAUUCUCAUUUUAUGCAUAUUAAAUGGUCCUAUUUAAUAUAGUAUUUGAAGCUCUCAGAGUAUUUUGGAGACAUGAUUGUGAUGACAAAGCAGUUGUAUAGUUAUGAUGUGCUAGAUAUUGCCCCAAAUUUCCAGCUAGACAAGAGCUAUUUCUAAACAGUCUGUGAAUUCAUAUCUUGAAAAACAAGUCCAAUAAGAGGGAAUAGAUUUUAAAAAUACCAGAGAAAAGAAGUCAAUGUGUGUGGGUUUCAAAGUAGAUGCUGUGCUUUGUAGAAGCAGAAAGCCUGCUCUCCAUUUCUAAAAGUGUCUCAGAAAAGGAUCUUCAGUCCUCUCAGAUUUUUUCUUAAAGGGGGUUUGUUGAGUUUUCUCUAAGUCAUUCCCUUUUGAUGAAGUGAUAGAAAGGAACUCAUCUAUUCAGAAAGGCAUCUAAGAACUGUCUGAGAUUGCUGGCUGCUUUUUUGGUGGGGGCAGGGGUGAGUGGAAAACUUCUAGUGGAGAUGGAAGCUGACACUAAGAACUCCUGAUGUCUCACUGCUUCCCAGAUCAAACUAGACCUGGAUCCACAUGCCUUAUGGGCCAGGCAGGAAACACACCUGGUGCGAAAGACAGCAGGGAGUUGUGGGCAGUAUAACAAGCGGGAAAGCCUAUGCCCCAACUAAAGGGACAAGCUGCUACUGCUUAGUUUCAGCCAAUUGCAACAUUAUGUGGGAAUGUCGACUCCAUGAUUGUUAACAGGAAUGUUAAUAAAAAGAUGCCAAAAGAUAAAGAAGACAGCGAAGAAUGUGGGAAGUAUUCAAAUAACACACAUCGCAGGAGACAGUGCAGCAUGCUUCCCCCCACAUUAUGGACUUCCCAGCUUCCACAGUGGCAUGCAGCUGCUCAUUCUGCCACCUGCCAGGCAUGAGACUGCCAUUUGUACUUUUGAGGGUAGAGGGAAAUGGUAGUUAAUGUCCCCCUGCUCCCCUUAACCCCCCUCUACCUGACUCUUUGAGAGACUUUAUGUGCCCACCUACUUAACAGGUCCUAGCGACAGGCAUGAAACAUUUACGGGUGACAUUCUAAGUGUUUAAUGCAAGAUUGGGUGAAGCAGGGUAGCUUCUUUCAGCAGGUCCAGAUGUUAAGCUGAUAAGAGAUGUAUUUUUGCAUUUUACUCUUUGAUCUAAGAUUCUGUAUUCUCAAGUAUCAGUGCAGCAAAAUUAUUGCUCUUUGACUUUCUAAAACAUUUCUCACACCCUGGAGAGAAAACAAAACCAAACCUAUUGUAGUUGCUAUUUGACCUACCUAGUGAGGAGAUAAUACUGUUCUAUUUAAACCGAUUAAGGUACUCCACAUUCUUCAUCAGUUGAAUGUUUUGUUUCUUGUACAUACUUUUUUCCUUAAUGAAAGCUUAUAUUUACUGAGUGCUUUCUAUCUGCCAGUCACUGUGCUACAGGUAAAAUAAAUGGUCUAACUUAACAUUUAGAAUAACCGUAUAAGUUAUGGACUACCAUUAUCCUUCCUCAUUUUACAAAGGAGGAAAGUGAGAUUUACAGAAGUUAAUUUGCCCAAAGUCCUACAACUAGAGAGUAUAGAGAUGGGAAACACAUUCAGAUUUGUUUGAUACAAACAUGCCAAAUCUCCUCUAAAGCUCUCAAAAGGCCAAAAACGUUAUUAUAUCCCUUAUAUAGCAUAUUAACAAUGAUAAUAUUGGGUACAUAGGAAAAUGGUUUUUAAAUGAUGAUUGUACAUGCAAAUUUUGGACAAAGUUUGGGUAAGAUGCACUGGGCCUAUUCAGGUAUAUAACUUGACAUAAAAGAUGGCUCUUCCUGCAAUGGUUAAAAAAAUCAGUUUUUUAAAAGGUACAAAAAAUGGAAUUCUCUUCUUGUUUGUGGUGAUAAUAAACACCGGUAUUAGUAAUUACUCUCACUGGAACUUGGUUUCCUUUUCAAUAAUUAUUAUAUUUUCUUACCUUUCUUACAAUGUUUACAUGUAUGACUUACCUUUUAGGAUCCCAGGAAGGAUGCAGGUGCUAAUUUCUGGUCCCUGUGUUUCUAUAGAGUCUCUAUCCUAUAGAAAGAAUAAUUUAUUUCAGGCCAAGGAUAUGUAAUAGAAAGAUAAGACCAAUGGGGGGUUUUUCCCCUCAUUUUAUUAUAAAAAUUUUGAAACAUACAGCAAAAUUGACAGAAUUUUACAAUAAAUACUCAAUACCAAUCAUA